AUGCCCCAUAAAGUCCUUCCAACCGUGCCCAUCAAGCCCAUGCUCCAACAAUUUCUGCUUCGCCCUAGCAAGUACCAAGAAUUUCAACAUUGGAGGAGACCAGGAGCAGACGACGCCGGCAAGGCUGAGCCCAUCAAUCAACUGGCCGAGCCCCUCAAUGCGUAUGAAAAUCUCCCUGAGGUUCUUGGCGACAUAAGCGAUGGCUGGCGCUGCGCCGUGUCUACAUGGGGUGUUGAGGAUGUGUUAGUAGAGGAGAAAUGGCAGCGGUUCAUAUCCUUACCGUGUGGUUUGCUGUUCUCCAUCAACAUCGACUGGUUCUCACCAACAAAGUGCUCACAUGCGUACUCCACCAGCACCAUCUAUGUCACCAUUCUCAACAAUCCCAGAUCCAAGUGUUUCUUGGCCCAAGAAACGCUACUGUACUGCUUUGUCAAGCAUGCUUACUUGUGGAAAAAUGCCAGUCCUCAGGAAUGGGAGGUCAAGCAUAUCAUACAGCAGAUAAUAGUGGUUGGUGGGAUGCUGAUGCAUUGGAGUCGGACCAACGACCCAUGGAAGAAGCUGGAGAAGUUCCUGGGCUCCAUCUGGUGGCCAUCUACGAUUGCAAGCCUAAGGACAAAUGCCGGAGCUGUGUUCUACAAGACAGAGAGACUCCUGCGAAAAUGUCGGAGAGCAUAUUGUGCUCACCUUUCCCAACAGCCUGGUGAGGACCUAGAUCUCAAAAGCCUUCCCAUGGACAACUUAUCCAUGGAUUGGAAUUAUCAACAGCACUUCAAGGCAGUUCUUGGUGUGUGCGCCGCCAUUCGGAUCUGGAUGCAUAGUCCAUUAUGCUGGACGAAGCUUGGUGGGCUCAAGAACUUUAUGGGAGAGCUUGAAUCCACCAUGAUGUGGAGCUGGAUCAAGAACAUCCUGAUCCAUGAUUUGAUAUGCUCUCUUGAGGACCUCAACAACAAAACUGCAGACAACUUGGUAGCAAUCGAGAACCUUUGGAAUCACCUCAAGGGGAAUCACAAGAAGCAUUAUUCUUACACAAUUGAGCUUCCUCGGCAAGGAACCUGUGCAGACCUGAAAUUAAUUGACAUUGACCGCACCGACGUCUAUUGCCUCAUCUUUGCAUACUUGUGGAUGGUCUGGAGAUCUCAGAUGACUGGCAUUCUGAGGAAUGAUCUGCCGGCUAUGCCAUGGUCUGACUGGGAAACAGACCUAGGGAUCAGGACUUGGAAUUUCAAUAAAUUCUCUGAGCCCGAGAUUAUCGAACCACAUUGGCUGUGUGGGCAUUCUGCCCUCACAGAGAUUCCCCUCCCUGACAAGCGUAGAGUGUGGGCCACCAUCUCGCUAGAUCAUGACAUCUUGAACUUCAAAGUCAGCUAUGCGGAGAGGGGUGUCGCUGUCAGGAUAGCUUACAAGCCAUUCUGGUUCUACGAGCACGAGCAUGCUGACCUCAGGAGAUACCCCAGAGACUGCCUUGUGGCCCCGCCGCCCAGAGCGAUCCCUCCGAUGCCCACUACGACCUCAGCAUUACGGUAUCGGGCCGACGCGGUCUUGUCUCACACCCCCCCAGUCAUCGCCUCGCAUCAUCUCACUCAGCCCCCACGCGUAUCGCACGACGACCUCGAGCCUGCUACACCCGCAAAGACCUCGCCAAGCUCUCGCCAUACGCCUCGCAAGCAUCGACCGCACGGACCGCACCACAAGCAGCUCCGCGACGCGAUAUCGCAGAGAGCUUUAUCGCGUGCGCUUAUUGGGUAG